CGAUCAACGUUGCAGUUCAAAAGUGGAUGUAAAGACUUUAAAGGAAUUUUUUUCUGCCCUUGCUCGGUUAUUAUGAUGACGCAAGCAUGGUACCACAGGGACAUCAGCCGGGUUCAAGCAGAAGAGCUCCUGGCUCGGGCUGGAAAGGACGGCAGCUUCUUGUUACGGGACAGCGAGUCCGUGCCGGGUGCCUAUGCACUUUGUCUACUAUUCCAGCGUCAUGUGCAUACUUACCGCAUCCUUCCUGAUGCAGAUGGCUUGCUUGCUGUCCAGAGCACACAAGGAGUUCAGGUGAAUUGUUUCCGUACUCUUGCUGACUUGGUUUUAGGAUAUCAGCAUCCUCAUAAAGGCCUGGUGAUCCCUUUGCUUUAUCCAGUACUGCGAGAGACUGAACUCGUUGACGAGAGCUCUGAUGGAGAUGAUGAGAAACCAGGCUCAGCAUGGAACCCUGUGGCUUCAUCUCCUGCAGUUGUGGCACCACCUACAGCCCAACCUCUUCCUCAGCCACAACCUCAAACUCAAGCAUCUCAGUUCUUGUUACAAAGACUACAGGAGAUCACCACAAGCAGUGGUAUGGCAUCUGAGAUAGUGACCCUGCUGGGUGAGUACCUGCGUGACGAUGUGACUUUGGAUCUGGAGAGCUUAAACAAAGGAGGCUCAGGACUGCACUUUCUCCAGAGAGUCCUGUGCACUGCCUGCCAUAAACUUCACAGUGAGAUCGAUCAGACGAUGUCCAGUUUGGAGACUUUGGCUAAAGUUUUUGACCAUCCCAGUUGCCCCUUGAGUUGCCCAAAGAUCCAGAAUUCAGGAAGGAGUCCGGAUGACAACCUUGAAACUUUACUCCACAAGAUAACAGCCCUGUGCAACCUGCUCUCUUCACUGGAGAAAAGGGUCCUUACUGCUCUCCAAGAGGCCGUGACUCAUCAUAACCUUUACGUCCAGCCAGCACCUGCCCCUGAGCCUGCACCACAUGUAAAACCUAACGCCCAGUCUGUUCCUGUGCACACCUUUCAGGUGAAGGUGGGCAGGUAUGGCAGGCAGAUGGUGUCAGUGGAUGUGGAUAACGGUGUGAUGCUUUUUGAUCGAAAGACCGGUUCUUUUGGAGUUGAGACCAUCACACAUGACAGGGUCCUGCAGCUGGUGAAGAUUCAGAACAGUCAGACUAAACUAAAAAUGAUAUUGGACAGUCAUCACAACCCUCCACGAGAGCUACUGUUUGAGAGCUUCAAGAAAAGAGAGGCCUUCUGCCACCUCCUCCAGCUAAUGAAGACCACCUACUGCAAACAGAACGAACCUGAUGCCAUCUCUGUGUUUGUAGGCACAUGGAACAUGGGUGGCUCUCCGCCUCCCCACGCUUUGCAGUCCUGGGUUGCAUGCUGUGGUUUGGGACUGACUCCGGAUGAAUCAAUUGCUUCAUUGCCUCAUGAUAUCUAUGCAUUCGGCACGCAGGACAACCCUCAAGGAGAGCGGGAAUGGCUAGAGCAUAUCCGAGCAACACUUAAAAACGCCACCCACAUCGAAUUCAAACAGGUGGCACUGCAGUCUUUAUGGAACAUCAGACUGGCUGUGUUUGUGAAACCGGAGCAUGAGGGAAGGAUCGGCCAUGUUAAUACAGCAAGUGUGAAGACAGGCCUGGGAAACACACUUGGAAACAAAGGGGCGGUGGGAAUCUCCUUCCUCUUUAAUGGCACUUCAAUGGGCUUUGUGAACUGCCAUCUGACCUCUGGCAGCGAGAAAGCACUCCGGAGAAACCAGAACUUCCAAGACAUCCUCAGACUGUUGUCCCUGGGCGACCGGCAGCUUAGUGCCUUCGAUAUCAGCCUGCGCUUUACACAUCUUUUCUGGUGUGGUGACCUCAACUACCGCUUGGACCUUGAUGUUGAGGAUGUUUUAAAGCAUGUGUCAAAGCGGGAGUUUGAUGAGCUGAUGUGUGCAGACCAGCUGACCAGAGAGCGUCAUAGGAGAAAGGCUUUCUUUAACUUCAAGGAGGAGAAGAUCACAUUUCCACCCACCUACCGGUAUGAGCGCGGCUCCAGAGACUGCUACCAGUGGCAAAAAUACAAGACCAGUGGGGUGCGAGUAAACGGACCUUCAUGGUGUGACCGUGUCCUGUGGAAAUCCUAUUCCGAGACCUACAUCACCUGCACUUCUUAUGGUUGUACGGAUGACAUCUUUACCAGUGAUCACUCUCCUGUUUUUGCUACAUUUCAAGUUAGUGUCAGUGCUCAGUUCCCCAAACCAGAAUUUGAACCAAAUACAUCCACAGAACGGGCCUGUAUUGAACUAAGGACAGUUGAGGCUAUUGUGAGGACUGCCAGCAAGGCCAAGUUUUUCAUCGAAUUCCACUCCAGAUGUCUUGAAGAGUCACGCCGUUCAGCAGAGAAUGACUGCCAAAGCUGUGAGGUUCCAGGCUUUCUCAAACUGGGUUGGUCUGCCAUUCAGCUUCCCAAGCUUCAGCCUCUAGUUUCAGACAUGGAGUAUCUUCAGGAUCAGCACUUGCUUCUUUCUGUCAAGUCAUGUGACGGCUUUGAGUCAUAUGGUGAAUGCUGUGUGGCUCUGCACUCGGUAGUGACAAGUUCAUCAGAAUCAUUUGAAACAUGCCUGACUCACAGAGGUGAAGAGAUGGGUUCUAUCAGAGGUCAAGUCAAAGUUUACAUACCGCUAAACGCACGUCGGAAACGUCAAAGGACCUACGAAUUGAUCAGUAUUGAGAAGGAGGAGAAGGGGUUGGCUAAGGCACCCGGGUCUUACCAAACAUCACGUGCACCCAGCAAUCAAGUGGCGCUGCCCACCCGCACUGUGAUUCCUAAUAGCUACACUAACCCUGCCUACUUCAUUUUCGAAGGCAUUCCCAUUGUUCAGCAAGUAAAGGAAGACCCCUGUGUCAAGGAGCCCAACGUCGUAUGUUCCAAAGACUCUGUGAUCCAGCUUCCCAAAGUAACAGGUGGGCAAAGCCAUGACCGGAGAGCUGCCCGCAGGUCUGAUUUCACAGAAAUCGAUAUUCCUGGAUCUUUGCCACCUUACACACCACCUUGUGACCGUCCAACUCGUCUCACCCCUCAGCCCAUUUCCUCAUACCAGCUCUUCCCUGGGCCUGACCUAUCACACUCCUCUCCAAACAAUAAACUGAGUACUUCUAGUUCGUCCUUUCAGUCGCAAAUACAAAGACCGUACAUCACUCAGGACUUACCUGGCAAAAAACUCGGGAGCGCAUAUGUCGACAAUGCAGUCUUUGCACAGGAUCUGCCCAGCUUGAGUAAGGACUAUGGCAGGCUGCACCAGGAGCGGCCACUUCCAGCGCGCAACGGACCAAAACUUUACCCAUACCUAUCAACCAGAUUAACUGACUGCAAGUCAUCGGUUCCCUGGGUUGUGGAACAGGCACCCGUGGCAUCGGGAGAUAACUCGCUUACUGCUCUGCAGAUCGCAAAAUCGUUAAGUGAGGUGGACUUCUCGCCAGCGGACAAGAAGUACCCUUCAAGUCAAAGAUCGCUGCUACCCAGGCAUUAUGGGUAUGAUUAUGCAAUAGCCUCUGAGCCUGGAAACUGCUGGGAGAAAGAGGUGUCAGUACUGCAUGGAGCUCCAGAGACGGUACGAGAGCUGCUAAUGAGUUUAGGGCUGCAGCGGUACACUUUGGGUCUCAGUCUGAACGGCUGGAAUGAUCUGGAUUACUUCAGUGGCAUUACGGAGGAGGAUUUGCGUGCUUCUGGAGUAACAAACCCAUCUCACCGCAGAAGAAUCCUGGAUAAUUUGCACAAGAUCUGGGAAUAAAUCAAGACAUAUGUGCUUUAAACAGCCUGCAGUUGCAAUAUGAGGAAUAUGAGGAUGACAUCAUUAAAUCUUAGUUUACUAAUUUCUUUGAACUCAAAUCCCAUCAGUAAGAAUGUUUAUUUGCAUCAUAGGUCAUCUUGACUUUAACUGUCAACCAGGAUGCCAUUCCAUUUGUGGAUGCCAGGAUGCCAUUUUUGCUAUGUUGGUCCUAUUAUUCACCUUUUUAAAAACAUAUACAUAUACAUAAAUCGGCUGUUCCCAGAUGUAAUCGUUGCCUCUCUUUGUUUGCACUUCUUCUUGUUUUCACAUUCGUGUUAAUAAGACAGUAUGAAUGUAGUUGAAUCUAAUUCCACUGCAUUAGAAUUGUGAGCGUCUACUCACAACGCAAUGAUAUCUGACUGAUUCAUUAUUUUCAAACACAACAGGAAAGCGAAUAAUAUAAUAUUGCAGUAACUGCAUUUCAUUUUGUACAUAAUUUCCAACAGGAGGGUGUAUCUGAAAUCUGAUGUGUCAUACGGAAUUCAAGAUCAGAUUGUAAAGUGUCAUCCUGUUUGCUUUGUCUUUAUAUAAAACUAUAAAACUA